AGUUGGUGCCAUGUUUUUAGGCGUUUUCAUGGCGAUAUAUCAAUUCAUAGGUGCUAUCCUUUUGUUCAUGUAUGGCGAUUUCUUCUUUUUCCAUAAAUAUGAAUCAUCAUUGUAUGGUGGAUACGCUAUUUUGCAAGGAUUAGUUGGGCUUAUAGCUGUAUUGGGAUUCGGGAGG